GGUAGUCGGGGGUCACGCAAGAUCCAGCAAGCAUCCAGCAACAUAUACGAUGGGGAAAGAUCGCGUUGGCGCCUCUGGAAAGAAAUUCCGUAUGACACUUGGUCUCCCUGUUGGUGCCGUCCUCAACUGUGCCGACAACAGCGGUGCCAAGUCACUAUUCAUAAUCGAGCCUUAUGGUUUCGGUGCACGACUGAACAGAUUGCCUGAUGCUGGUGUUGGUGACAUGGUCGUUGCAUCAGUAAAGAAGGGGAAACCUGAACUGAGGAAAAAAACUAUGCCCGCUGUUGUUGUCCGCCAACGUAAGGCAUGGCGUCGGAGAGAUGGUGUUUUCUUGUACUUCGAGGACAACGCCGGUGUUAUUGUUAACCCCAAGGGUGAUAUGAAGGGCUCCGUUAUCGUUGGCCCUGUCGCAAAAGAAUGUGUUGACCUGUGGCCCCGUAUUGCAGCUAAGGCCGGCUCUGUUGUAUGAUUUAGAUAUGGUGCAAUCGCAUUUUUUUUCAUCGUCUCACACUUCAUCAGUAACUAUUGGGCAAGUCAUAGUAGGCUAAGCAGUCUACUAGUCAGUCUCGACCUGUGGUAGGACAGCGUUACUUCAAUGGCCCAUCUAUUGCAUUAAUAGGCCUGGUAAUGCAAUUCGCUAUCUGUGAAUGCAUUCAACUGUGGAAUUCGAAAACAGUGACUAUGCGUGCGAUAGUAUGACCGUCGUCAGUUGCAUCUUAUCUCACCAUUUCUGUCUGC